AGCGGCCGAGCGGGGCGGCGCUUUCACACAUGGCGGAAAACGAAGAGGGGGAUUGGGAUGCCUUCCUCGACAAAUUUCAGGGCCCGCAGCGGUACGAGGGGGCCUUCAAUCCCACGACAUGGGAGCAGGAAUUUGAUCAGAUUCCAAUGUUCAUGAAGAAUCCUCCCUCUGAAAUAAAUCCAAAGCAAAAUCCUGAUCUGGCAUGCCUUCAGUCUAUCGUUUUUGAUGAAGAACAGAGUUCUGAAGAGCAAGCUAAGACUUAUAAGAACGAAGGUAAUGAUUAUUUCAAGGAAAAGGAUUAUAAGAAGUCUGUGAUAUCGUAUACAGAAGGACUGAAAAAGAAAUGUAGUGACCUGGAAUUGAAUACUGUACUUCAUACAAACAGAGCAGCAGCCCACUUUUAUCUGGGCAACUAUCGCUCAGCUCUAAAUGAUGCUGUUGCAGCAAGAAAACUGAAACCCAGCCACCUCAAAGCAAUAAUAAGGGGAGCACUGUGCCAUAUGGAACUCAAGCAUUUCUCUGAAGCUAUGGCAUGGUGUGAGGAGGGUCUGAAAUUAGAUCCACAGGGAAAAAAACUUCUGGAAAUAAGAACAAAAGCAGACAGACUUAAGCGUACUGAAGAGCGAGAUUUGAGAAAAGCAAAAUUUCAGGAGAAGAAGGAACAAUGUCAGAAAGAGGCCUUACUUAAAGCUAUUAAGGAUCGAAACAUCAAAUUAUCUCCGGUGCCCUCAGCAGAUGAGAUGGCCAUAUCAAAGGACCUCGGGGAGAUGUCUUUAGAUGGACUCAGCUCUGAAAGCGGCACCGGGGCCAAAGUCUGCCUGGAAGACAAUGGCAGCCUUACUUGGCCAGUGCUCUUCCUGUACCCUGAGCAUGGACAAACUGACUUCAUUUCUGCUUUUCAUGAAGAAUCCAGAUUUUCUGACCAUUUAAUUGUCAUGUUUGAAGAAUCACCUGCCUGGGAUACAGAAAGAAAAUAUGUUCCUAAAAAACUAGAGCUUUAUUUUGAGGAUGAAGAAAGAGGAGAUAUAUACCAGAUAAACCCAGAAACCACAUUGUUAGAGGUGCUGCAGCACGAAAG